AUGAUGAGUGUAUCUCGAUAUUAUGAUAUCGCGGUUAAUUUGACAGACCCUAUGUUUAGGGGCAUUUAUAGAGGUAAACAACGCCAUUCUAAUGAUAUGCAAAACGUUUUGAAACGUUGUUCUUUGGUAAACAUCAAACAAAUCUUGGUCACAGGUAGUUCGAUAGUGGAAACGAAGGAGGCUAUUGACAUUUGUAAAACUUAUGGUAGUUUGGAAUUGCCAUUGUAUUAUACUAUAGGGGUUCAUCCAUGCUGUGUAAAUGAGUUUGGUAGAAAUCUGCAUGAAGAUGAGACAUUGAGAGUUACUAUCGAUUCACCUUCUAAUAAUGAGGAUUAUAAUUCUAAAGUUUAUAUAGAUGCUAUUAAUGAUACAAAGUUUAGCCAUGAAAAAUUGAAAGAAUUAUAUAAAUUAAUGGAAGCACGUAUUCAACUUGACCCGAAAAAUUUCAGGGCUAUAGGUGAGUUUGGGUUGGAUUAUGACAGAUUAAAUUAUUCUUCUCAAGAGAUGCAAAGAGUAUUUUUUGAAGAACAAUUAAAACUUGUUUGUAUAUUACAUGAAAAUAGUAAACUACAGAAGCCUAUACCUUUAUUCUUACACAUGAGAUCUGCAUGCAGUGAUUUUAUAGACAUCUUAAAACGAUUUUUAAAUGGAUUCAUAGAUGAAAAGGAUAGUUUCCAAUUGAAAUCCUUAAUUAAGGCUCAAGAAAAUGAAUCAAACAAAUUAAAUUUCCAAUAUAAAUUACCUCCAGAUAUGAAGUUUGUUGUUCAUUCUUUUACAGAUACAAAGGAAAAUUUGAAAAAACUUUUAAACUUAUCUAAGAAUUGUUAUAUUGGUUUAAACGGUGCUUCAUUAAGAGACGAAACUAAUAUCGAAUCAGCAAAAGAGCUUCCAAUCAAUAGAAUGUUGAUUGAGACAGAUGCUCCAUGGUGUGAUAUUCGUAAAACUCACCAAUCAUACCCCUAUCUUUUGAACUCUGGAUAUAAAUCACCAUUCACUAUGGUCAAGAAGGAAAAAUUUGACAAAAUAUUGGAUUCAGAUGAGAAAAAAGAAUUAACAAUGAUAAAGGAGAGAAAUGAACCUUGUAGUAUAGUUCAAGUAGCUCAUGUCCUUUCGGAUUUGAAAAAUAUACCAGUAGAAGAAUUGGCUGAAUCUGUUUAUAAGACAUCAUGUGAGGUUUAUGGAGAAUAA